UAACGUUCAGGUGCGCUUCACCCUCAGAGGUGGAAACUCCUGUGGUCGGUACGAUGGAUUAUAUUUGACUAUUUAAAACAUGCUGAAGCUCCGGUGCAGCGUUGGAGAAAAGGCCGAUUAAAGUGAAAGUUAAAAUUUAACGCUAUCUCCUAUCUCCCUCUCCUGUCAUGUCCAUGAGGAACCCACCCCAGCGCCGGCGCUCUCUGGGUCCUGUCUCACCCAAACGCAUCUAUAGAAACCUGUCCGUCAGACUGAGGGGUGGAGAGUCAUCGGUUGCCACGGAAACAGACACACCUAAACACCUCAGCAAGUCUGCAGAUGCUUACAAGACCCUGUGGGAGGCGGUGGAAAAUGAGGACACUCUGGCCGUGCAGAGCCUGCUGUCCAGAGACCACACCAACUGUGGAGGAGGAGGGGGCAGCAUGUGGGAGAGAGGGGAGAAGAAGGAGAAGGACUGGGAGAAAGAGAGGGAGAGGGGGGUGAACAGGGUGAGCGAGCAGGGCCUGGUCCCCCUGGACGUGGCUGCUCUUACCCACAAUUCCCCUCUACUCAAUGUCUUGAUGAAGGCCGGGGCCAGACAUAACCCUGUUUUGUGCCGACCGGCAGAGUGGGCGCUGAAGCUGGAUGCUUUGGUGGCACUGGCUGGGAAACGGGUGGAGGAGAGGAAGAAGGAGUUAAUGAGGAAGGCAGGGGCCGGGCCUCAAGCGCAGGCUGAUGUCCAGAGACAUGUCCGUCUCUGGAGCCUCAGGCUGCAACUGUACUGCCGGAUGAGACAGAACUUCCUACAGACAGAGCUCCCUGGACCUCCCAGUCAUGUGUCCAUACUGGUGACCAGCACAUCCUCUUUGUUUAUAGCAAUCAAAGAGCCAGAAGGCGACAACAUGGGGCUCAUCACACGCUACAGAGUGGAAUGGAGCACCUCAGCCAGCUUCAAACGCAUCCUCGGCUCAGCGCAGGUUACGGAAACCAAGAACCCAUCGUAUGUCAUCAAGGGACUCACAACAGGAGUGCAUUGCUUUGUAAGAGUGAGUGCCUACAAUGUGAAAGGAUGGGGUCCGCCUCAGUGCUCCACUCCAGUCAGCGCUGCCCCCUCCAGUUGGAGAGAGUGCAUCGGCGUGAAGUCACAGUUCAGGAAUCACGAGGGCCUUGUGAGAAAACUGCUGGAGGACGCCAAAGAACCACAUUACAGAGGAUUCUGCAUAGAGAGCUCUAAGCCCCAGAGUCCCAGCAAACGUCUGUCUGUGUCCCGAGGCAUCAAACAACUGUUCCAGUCCGCCACCAAGUUUGUUCGUCUCCUACAGAGGGGCGUGUACUUGGCCACUGUGUUCUACCACAAGGAAAACAUCCUGGUGACAGCUGAAGACCAGAUCCCACUGGUGGAGAUCCAGUGCUGCUCCACCUCCAUCAUCCACGACUUUCUUUGGUUUGCCAAGUUGUCCUGUGCAUGGCAACAAGUGCCCUGGCUCCAGCAGGCCCUUUCCUCGGCUCAUUCGUCUCCUUCCUCGCUCCUCCAGAACAGACACAACAUUUUAAGAGCCGUUUCCCAGCUGCAGUCUUCCAUGGGAACAGUGGACCUGGGUCAGGUGUACUACGAACCUCUGAAAGACAGGCAGGGCAACGUCUUAUUGGUAACUCUGAAGGAGUUCCCGAAUCCUCCCAGCCCUCCCGACCCUCCGCUCCACUGGAUGCCCCUGGCCCGUCUGGAAAAGAACCGCAGCCGAACACCUCUGCUGCCCGAGCCCACUGCCAUGGACAUGCUCUACGAGCAGCUCAAGGAGAAACUAUCCCUCCACAGGCACAGCAUUCAGUGGGCUCAGCCGGGUUUGUACGUGGGCAUCCUGAAACUGUGCAGCUCGGUGGAACAGAUCCGGGUCCUGGUGCCCCAGAGGCUGCCCAACCUGCUCUGCCACACACGGGUCCGACACAAUGCCCACGUUUCCAGAGAGGAGUGGGCAUGGCUUCAGAGUCAUGUUUACACCACAGCCAGUGGCAGCGUUCCAAAUCUUUUGGGCGGCGAGGACGAGAGCGUGAUGGAGAGCAGCGGGCUGGUUGAGUUCGUCAGGUCACUGAGAGCAGCAGUCACACAUCUCCUGACAAAGCUCAACAUCCCCCUCUACAGGGCCUAUCAGUAUGGAGUGUACACCCGAGAGCUGCUGCAGUUUGGAGACAAGAUGUCCAUGCUGCUGCUGCUGCCUCCCAGUGAGGAUUUCAGCUCCAGUUACUGGCCUCUGGUGGGGACCAAGGAGCCCGGGCUCACCAUGCCCCUGCAGAUCUUUGAGCUGGUUCACUUCUGGACAUAUGAGCGGGACUUCCUGUCCCAGUACUGCCAGGCCUGGGUGAGACUGGAGCUGGACACUCAUCUGGCCCAGCAGGCUCUGCGGGAGGCGCUGGACACCAAGGAGGUGCAGGAAGCCCGAGAGCGCCUCAACCACAUCUCUGAGCUUUCCCAUCGUCUGGAUGUGGUGUGGAGAGAUGCCCGCUGGAUCAUGGACUGUCUGCAGUGCGUUCGCUCCAAGCAGUGGGUGGGUGCGGUGCCUCUCGGCCUGGUGAUGGGAGGAGACCCGCCGCCUCGUCCUGAUGGCGAGGAAGAAGAGGAGAGUUUGACCGCCAGACUGACGUGGCCACAUCGCAUUCAAGCACAGAGAGCCAUAGCAGAGUGUUUAGUCAGCGCGACUCCACCAAAUGUCGUCUCUGCAGAGAUCGCCGCUCCAUCAGAAAUGAUGGUCGUCCCUGCGGAUGCCACGCUGUUAAUGGAGGGAGUUGCAAAGGGAGGAUACCCGGUGGACAUCACCGCACAAUCAACUCUAGAUCUGACAAGCAUCGGCCAAUCAGAAUUAGGAUGUGCAAGCGCUUUAAUUGAAUCUGGACUGGAGACCGGUGCCGUCGCACAGUUUGAAGGGGGGUUCACAGAUCUGGACACACAGCAGUCCUACAGCGAGGAACAGGACUUCCCCUCCAGCAUCACUGAGGUCAUCCGGCCGAUGGAGAUGGCUGAGUUGGUGGACAUCUUGCCCACACUGAGUCUCAUCGAGGAGGAGACCCCCAGUGGCCCAUCCUCACCGUCAGUGAUGGACAUGCUGGAGAGUUUUGGACUGGGGAUCGGUGAAAGCAAGACCUUCUUCGAUUUAGAGAAUUCAAACAUGAUCAAUGGAGCCGGGACUUUGUCACAGCCCAACCUGCACUUAAACAGCAGCAGCAGCAUGACAGAGACACAGUGCGAGAUCACAGACAUGUCCGCCUCUCUCUCUGCCUCGGUGGACACCACGGGUGGUGACGAGCCUGUGUUGAGUUGGGAUUUUCCUUCAGAGGAUACAGAGACUCAGCAGGUUUCCUUUAAGGGAACGUGCUUUCCAUUGAGAAACCAGGUGGAGUGGGACAAACCUUCGAACAUUUCAUCCUGAUGUCGACUCACGCACCGGCCUACUUUGAGCUUGAAUAAAACUAAAUCAGUAGGCUGCACAAAGGUCAAUAUGCAGACAGAAAAUCCUUGUUACAAUCAGCUUGAAAGUGAUUUUUAAAAUCAGUGUCCAAAGGCUCACUUAUAUAAUAAUAAAGGUACACUUUACCCUCUAAAUGACCAUUGUAUAUCAGUUAUUCCCCCAUGUUCUGCUGAAUUUGUGAAGAAAGCCUUGUUUUUCUUGCAUCGAAUCCAAAGAGAAAGAAAAAAUUGUUGAGGAAUUGAAGUAAAAAGGGUCCGGGGUUUAAAUACAGCAAAAUUAAAUCAAAAUUUCUGUUUACAAACUGUCAUUUUCCCACCCACAUGCUCAG